UUAAGCUUCAUUUCAUCUGCGAACACAAUGGAGAGACGUUUAAACUUUUUCAGAUUUUUGCUGAUUUCAUACCUCCUUAUAUAUCAGGAUACAAUCGAAGCUGUGGUCUUCAAGAUGACCAAUGCCGUCUGUUUAAGCUACAACGAUUCGGUGUUCAUUUUUCAUCACUGUCGACUCAAGGCUAUUAGUCGAAACAAGGUUGUCUUGAACCUAAACGGUACUCUUCCUCAUCCGGUCGAUAAGAUUAGUUUUCACUUAAAGGUGUUCAAACGAGAAAAUGGCUAUAAGCCCUGGCUAAUUGACUCGAAAACCGAUAUCUGUCGCUUUCUCAAGUCAAAUUAUGACCCAGUUGCAAAAAUAGUAUUUAAUCUUUUUAAGGAAUUUUCAAACUUGAACCAUCCUUGUCCAUUUGUGGGCCUGCAGUAUGUGAUGGGCUUUUACCCGAGGCCCGAAUUAUUAAUUCUUCCCUUUCCGAGCGGCGACUACAUGCUGAUGAUAAGGUGGUUUCUAAACAACAAGCUUACGUUCGACACAAAUGUCAGUUUUAUAUUCACUGAGGAUCUUCUUGCUUGAAUUAAAAAUAUUAUUUGUAUAUGAAACAAGGCACUUUCUAUUCGGUGGUUUAGAGUUAUAAGCUUUGGGCAGAGAAGCAGAAAGGGCGGAUCCUUGCAUAUCGCCUCAAGGCCGUCGGUCGCAACAAGGUCGUAUUCAACUACAGAUUGUACUACCAGUUUUUUAAGAAGGAAAGUGGGUACAAGCCCUGGCUAAUAAAUGAAUCACUCGACGCAUGCCGAUUUGUUUGAAACAAGUACGACGCAUUCAGAAGAGUUAUUUAUGGGCUUUUCAGGGGCUUUUCCAACAUUAAUAUUACCUGUCCGUAUACGGUAGGUUUUCUACCUAAAGAUCUACCAACACUCUCGCAUUCUAGGGGCCACAAA